ACAUUACUGCUCAUCUGUUUGCAAAUGUUCAACAGUCCGCGUUUUCCAAAACAAGGAAAUUAUCCAGCUGUUCUCUCAAACCCAGAAAAUCUAAUGUGCGAUACAACUAUGUCAACACGCAGCGAAAAUGAAAAUUCAGUCCUGGUCACACCAGACCAGAUUAUGCCACCUAUCAACAGGUGCGUCAAAAGGCUCUCUGGAGUUCAGUGGAGCAUGAUAGAAAGUGGCGCAUACGACUCGGGCGUCAUAGCGGUGCUCGCUGAUAUGAUUUGUGAAAUCAUUCAGAUCGCCUCUAGUAGAAUCGUCAAAAAUGCCCUUCCUGUUACUCAGGAGCGCAUGACGAAGGCAGAUCCGGAGCCUUUAGGUGCGGGGAAAAUAAGCCCGUCCCUCGGAGACUCAAUCUCAGCCGCCAUGGCCAGCGCUCUUAACGUCCCGGAACAGCGACAUGAGAGCGCUGACGAGCUGACACGGAUGGUUGAGGAAGAGAUCUCCGAAAAGGUCACCUCAACAGUCAAACUCAUUAGAGAAAGCCCCGAUCUCCCGCAAGACCCCGCCGUUUAUGUCAGCGGCAAAUGUAGUAAUAUUAAAAAGCUGCACCGCAUGGUUUGCCACGCUGCCUCGUGCCUUAAAAGGCACGUAGCACGUAAGCCGCGCUGCCGGUGCGUGUCGAGCGGCUCUGAUUCCGGUACAGAAAGUACGGAUUCAAAGAUGUUCGUGCAAUCAGCAAUCACAGAGAUUUCUGUGAUUCUGUCAUCAAGGAGCUCAGAUGGAGAGAUGACAGAUAAAGAUGAGGACGAGGAAGAAACUCCAACAGAAAAGGACGAAAUCAAACCAACUGCAGGAAGCCAAAGUAUCCGAGCUCCAACCCCAGUAGAAAUGGUUGCAGCUGACAUCGUAAAUGAGAUACUUGGCAACAUGGAUUUAAGCAGUGAAGAGCACUGUGAGAGGUGCAGCUUACCCAAACCUGCCUUUAAUGCAGGAUUAAUUAUCAACAAGCUGAGAGACUUUUUCUCCAGAUGUUUGCCAUCCACCUCUCACUCCUGGCUCAAAGCACGCAAACACCGCUUUUCCAUGUUUGCGAGAAAACAAUUUGAAAAAAUGAAAAAAGAGCUGAGAAAAUUAAUAAAGGCAAACAGAAAUUUUUUUGUUUGUCUAAAAAACAUGUGCAAGUACCCCAAGAGUGACACCGUGCCCUCAGAUGAAGGUAUGGUUUCCAGCCUCCCAGGGUCCCAGAGUACAGAGGCUCAUCGAGCCCCUUCUCGAAACACACUGUUCCGUUACAUACGUUCCUCUCCCGUCGACUUUGACGGCAUUGGAACAGAUGUUAAUCAGUUAUUCGAGAAAAUAACAAACAAAGAAAAACUCUUAGUCGUCCACAAAACAGUGGAAAACUUUAGAACUAGUGGGGGAAUCAGAGAUUUUACUGUGGAGUUAACGGCAAAAAUGUUUGAUCUACUCAUGACGGAUCGGCUGUAUCAAAUCCCCGAACCUGUAAUGGGUAGAUCCCUCUCAGACACAGUCAUCUGCAGGACUCCACAACCAGCACAUGGAUCAAAGCGUCCCUUUUCUGCUGAAGUCCUCUAUGUGCUCGUAGAAGACGCAGUACAAAAGUUUGUACAAACACUUUUACUCUGGGUGGAGAACGAAGACCAAAUGAUUGAGGACAAGGUUUCUGUGGCUGUAGAAGACAUCCAGGACUUUAUGAAAAGAACAAGGACCCCAACAAAGGAAAGAAGCAAAGAUUCAGAUGGCAGUGGAAGAGAAUCUGUUCCAUUACCGGUAACACCAAAAUCUGGGAGCAGUACCCCAGAAAAAUGUUUUCAGUCACCUGAUCAGCCACCAGAAUCUGGGAGCAGUACCCCAGAAAAAUGUUUUCAGUCACCUGAUCAGCCACCAGAAUCUGGGAGCAGUACCCCAGAAAAAUGCUUUCUGGCACUUGAUCAGACACCGAAAUCUGGGAGCAUUUCUCCCCAAAAACGCUCUGCCAGUGUUUCAGGCUCUCCCAAGGAUUGCUCUGACAUGUCAGAGAUGAGGUCUGUAUCAGUGUCAUCUUCUGAUGCUGAGGGAAUUUCCAGUGAACUCGCUUUAAUCCUCACGAUGAGACUCAUCAGAAAAUCAAAACCUGAAACUCGAGCCUUUUAUACCAGCCCCUCAAGUACUACAAAAGAACUAGACGCACUCCUCGAUCGUCUGAGAGAUCUGCUGCAGCCUGAACUCAGCAGCACACAGUCCGCCACAAGUCUGAUGAAGGACAAACAAAAGUUAAUCAAGAAAAUAGCCAAAUGCCUCAUCAAGGAGUUUGGCUCCCCAGACAAUGUGUUAAAGGCUGCGAUUGCAAAGGAUGCGUCUUUUGAUGAGGCUCUGAUAAAGCAUCUAAAAAUGCUCCUCGGAGUCAUCCCCAGUCCUCCCAAAAAGUCCAAAAUUUCCAGGUUUUUUUCAGCGUUGGGAAAAAAUCUGCAAAAACCCUUUAGGUGGUUCACUAAAGCCAGAGAUGAUUAAAAUGACCAUCCUGGCUUUUCCCCGCCGCCCUGCUUCUUUUAACAUCUUGAAGCAGAAUUUUAGCACCAAAUGCAAAUUUUAACAACUGUAGUUCACGCCAUCUCGUCUCCUUUUUGAAUUCCACCCCCCCAACCGGUCGCAGCGGAUGGCCGCCCCUUCUGAGCCCGGUUCCGUUGGAAGUUUCUUCCUGUUAAAGGG